UUUUAAACUCCCAACAAACGCACACAUUUCUAAUGUCAAUUGAAUCUCUUUGUGUUCACACUACAAGCUUUUCACACCUUUCUUCUUUCACUUUUCAAACCCCAUCCUUUUUUUUUUUUCAACAAUUUCUUUCAAAUUUCGGCUGUUUAGUCUUACCCUCUUUUUGUUUUCUCUUCCUAUAUGAAACCCUCAGCUCUGCCAACCCAAAGAACGAUUUUUAGUCCCUUCUUUAUUUCUUUGAAAUGAAUAACGGAGACAAUUAUAAGCGGCAACGAAAGGAGAGGUUUGCCGACGGAGAUGGUUACGAUGACGAUGAUAGCUGUUCAAGUGAUCAUCAAACCAAGAAGAAAGAUUUGAAUGGUAUUAUCACUUCGUUAGUGUUGCUUGAAGAGCAAGAAAAGCGAGACCAUGAAGAGCAAAAUGAAACAUCCAACGAAGAGAAAUCGAUUUUGGAGUCGACCCAUAAGAGGAAAACUCGAACCAUGCUUGAAUUUUACUCCAAUCUUCAAGAUUACUACUCCGAAAUCGACGAAACCGACCGUAUAAAGCGGAAGAAGUCCCGGGUCAUGGCGGCCUCCGUCGCCGCGGCUUCCGUUAACGAAGCGGAAAACCAGUCAACGAACAACCGUGACAAACAAUCCGGGUCGGGUCAACAGAGGCGGUUAUGGGUGAAGGACAGAUCGAAGGCUUGGUGGGACGACUGUAACCGACCGGAUUACCCGGACGAGGAAUUCAAGAAGGCGUUUAGGAUGAGCAAGUCAACGUUCGAGCUCAUUUGCGAAGAGCUCAACUCCGUUAUCGCCAAAGAAGACACAACGUUACGGAACGCGAUCCCCGUUAAGCAAAGAGUGGCGGUUUGCAUUUGGCGGUUAGCCACGGGUGAACCGUUACGGCUCGUUUCGAAACGGUUCGGUUUAGGCAUCUCGACGUGUCACAAAUUGGUCCUCGAAGUCUGUUCGGCAAUACGCAGCGUCUUGAUGCCGAAGUAUUUACAAUGGCCGGACGAGGAUUCGUUGCGGAAAAUAAAAGAAGAGUACGAAGGUAUUUCUGGUAUACCAAACGUUGUCGGAUCAAUGUAUACGACGCAUAUCCCGAUCAUAGCACCGAAAAUAAGCGUGGCGGCGUAUUUCAAUAAGAGACAUACGGAGCGGAACCAGAAAACCUCGUACUCGAUAACCGUACAAGGUGUGGUCGAUCCUAGGGGAGUUUUUACAGAUGUUUGUAUCGGGUGGCCAGGGUCGAUGAACGAUGAUCAAGUGUUGGAAAAAUCAGCUCUGCAUCAUAGGGCAAGUGGGGGAUUGUUAAAAGGAGUUUGGAUUGUUGGGAGUUCAGGGUAUCCAUUAAUGGAUUGGGUUUUGGUCCCUUACACACAACAACAUUUGACUUGGACACAACAUGCUUUUAAUGAAAAGAUUGGGGAGAUUCAAAGGGUUGCCAAGGAAGCGUUUGCGAGAUUGAAAGGGAGAUGGUGUUGUUUGCAGAAAAGGACAGAAGUUAAGUUACAGGAUUUGCCUGUUGUAUUAGGAGCAUGUUGUGUUUUACAUAAUAUUUGUGAAAUGAGGAAUGAAGGAAUUGACCCAGACUUGAAAUUUGAGCUCGUUGAUGAUGAGAUGGUUCCCGAAGUUGCUUUGAGAUCGGUGAGUUCCAUGAAAGCUAGAGAUGCUAUUGCUCAUAACCUUUUACAUCAUGGUCUUGCUGGCACUGCUUUUCUGUAAUUUACAAAAAAAAUUUGAAGUUGGAAUUUGGGAAAACAAUGCUAAUAUUUGUUCUUUUUAAAGAUUAGAAAUUCAUUUUUUGCAAUGUAGUAUAACAUUACUGUAGGGAUUAAUUGUAAAUUUGUUUGAAGGGGAUGUGUAAAAUUAUAUAUUUGUCCCCUUCUACAAAUGGAAUAUUUGGAAUUGUAGUUUGAGUUACAGUGUUAGAUUUGCAUUACAAGAAGAUAUUUGGCUUCCUGGGUUUUAUACUUCAAUUAUGAAAUAAAGAAUAUGAAUGAAAUCAAACAUAAAGAAAUAUUCUUUUAAACGUUCAAUUUUGGACUAAGUUAUAUUGAAA